UGUCAAAAUUUUGUGACAUGGGCGCUUUGCCAAACCGAAUGAAUACCCAAAGGACAAAACACAAAAACACAAACACACACACAGAGAGAUUACAAUGGACAGCAUUUUCCAGUGAAGAGAUAUUCAUACGCAUUCCCCUUCCCUUUCACAUGCAUAUUUAUGGGUAAAUGCAAAUGUGGUCGUGGGGCAUGCCUUAUGAAUUAUGAAAGCUAAUUGAUGAAAAUUGAAUAAUAAUCGUGUCAAGCUGACAAGAAAAGUGAAAUUCCAAUAGCUGAUUUACGGCUACCAUCGGAAUUCGGUCAAUUCCACGCAAUAUCUGCGAUAUUUAUUCAUAAUUGAGCAGUUGCUGCAACUUCUUAUAAGACCGUUACACGGCAAUCAAAACGCCAUUUGAAAACAUGGCUGGCUGCCCAACAGUCUUGCUAUUAGUCAGCCUAGUGGCUGGCGUUCAGCUGGCUGAGUUAGAGCCAGCACAGAGCAUGGCGCUGCUGCAGAGCCGGCUGAUGUUGGAGUUUGUGGAGGUGCACAAACAAAUACCGAGGUUAACUUACUUCACCUGCCGCAAUCCCGCCAACAAUGACACGGGCACUGUGCGCGCCAGUCGCGCCAACCUGAACCAACUUUACGCGGCAUUCGAGGCCAAGAAUGCGCAGCUGAUUGGUAGCCUCUAUCAGGACAACGUGCAGCGCAGGCCCUUUGUGCGGAUUGUGAUGCUGGAUGUGCUGCGGCAGCCGAGAGGCAAGCCGGGCGGCAGGGGCGUAUCGCGUGGCUGGCCGGCAGGUGGAGGCGGUGGCAGACCUGGCACAGCUCUCGGCGCAGCUCCAAGCAGCGCCGAUUGGUUGGACAGCGCGCUGAGGGCGGAGGCGCUGAGGCAAGUCGUGGUCGUGGAUUUGGCAUGUGGCAUGCUAAGUCGUCGUUUCCUGGAGAUGGCUUCAGCCAAGAUGCUCUACAACGAUAAAUAUCACUGGCUAUUGAUUGAGGAUUAUGCGCUGCACGUAAGUGCGGGCGUGAUGAGGCCCCAACAGCAGCUGCAUCUGAUGGAUACGAACACAGACACAGACACAGACACGGAUACGGAUGAACUAGAGCCCAUUGAAAGCUUAAUGGAGACCCUGAACUUCUACAUGAACACCGAGCUAACCCUUGCUAAGCGUAUGCCCCAAGACGCCAGCUAUUCACUGUACGACAUCUGGAGCCCCGGUCGUACCUAUGGUGGACACGUCAACAUCACGGAAAUUGGCAGCUUCACUUUGACAGACGGACUGCAGCUGCAUAGCUGGUUUCGUACGACAUCGACGCUAUUGCGACGUCUCAAUAUGCAGCACGCCCAAGUGCGUUGCAUGGUUGUGGUGACCAACAAAAACAUGACGGGCACACUCCUCUACUAUCUAACGCACACGGUGUCGAGCCACAUCGAUACAAUGAACCGUUUCAAUUUCAAUCUGCUGAUGGCCGUCCGGGACAUGUUCAACUGGACGUUUGUCCUGUCACGCACCUCCACCUGGGGCUAUCUGAAGAAUGGCCGCUAUGAUGGCAUGAUUGGGGCGCUCAUACGCAACGAGACAGAUAUUGGCGGCGCGCCUAUUUUCUAUUGGCUGGAGCGUCACAAGUGGAUCGAUGCAGCUGGUCGUAGCUGGUCCAGUCGCCCGUGCUUUAUUUUCCGCCAUCCGCGAAAUACACAAAAGGAUCGCAUAGUGUUUCUGCAGCCAUUCACGAACGAUGUUUGGGUAUUGAUCUUGGUAUGUGGCGUUGUAACUGUGUUUUUACUUUGGCUGUUGACUACCAUUGAGUGGAAGCUGGUGCCGCAGCAGGGUGCCGCUCUAAUCAAGCCAAAGGGCGGCGUUCCACAGCAUCAUCACCAUCAUCAUCACCAUCAACAGCAGCAACAGCAAGAUGUCCCUACUGUUAGUGCUGUGACUUUAUCGGAUGAUGUCUCAGUGGCCUCAUUGCAGCUGCUGCCUGUGGUUGGCGGAUUUCGACAGCGCUGCUAUGCUAGAUUGAGCAACUACGUCACUAAGCGCCAGGCAUUGAGCAAGACUUCAACACGUGAGGGUCUUUUUCUGGAGUCAGUCUUGUUCUUUGUGGGCAUCAUUUGCCAACAGGGCUUGGGCUUCUCCACCAGCUUUACCUCUGGACGCACCAUUGUCAUAACCAGUCUGCUCUUCUCCUUCUGUAUCUAUCAGUUCUACUCGGCCAGUAUUGUGGGCACGCUGCUCAUGGAGAAGCCAAAGACCAUCAGGACUCUGAGCGAUUUGGUGCAGAGCUCGCUGCAAGUUGGUGUCGAGGACAUUGUGUACAAUCGAGAUUACUUCUUGAACACUAAAGACCCCGUUUCCAUGGAGCUUUAUGCCAAGAAAAUAACCAAGGUGCCAUCUAAUAGUGAGAACUCUGCGACUGCCGGUGGGGGGACUGGUGGCGAGGAGGAACCAGAGCCGCCGCCACCUGGUGCUGAUGCCAAAUCAUUUCGCGAUAUUGUGCACAGUCAUGAGGUUGGCGCACAUGCCAAGGAGAACACAGCUACUAAUUGGCUAGAUCCUGAUACGGGCUUACGCCGAGUCAAACUCGAACGCUUUGCCUUUCACGUGGAUGUUGCGGCCGCCUAUAAAAUUAUUGCCGAAACGUUCGACGAGCGUGAGAUUUGUGAUCUGACAGAGGUCAGCAUGUUUGCUCCGCAAAAGACGGUCAGCAUAACUCAAAAGAACUCGCCUAUGCGUAAGGUUAUAUCAUAUGGUUUGCGACGUGUGACGGAAACAGGCAUCUUUUCCUAUCAAUUCAAUAUCUGGCAUUCCAGAAAACCGCCCUGUGUUAAGAAAAUUGAAACAUCCGAUUUACACGUGGAUAUGGAUACUGUUAGCUCGGCUCUGAUGAUACUCGUCUUUAGCUAUGGCGUUGCUCUAUUGGUGCUGGGCAUUGAGAUACUUUAUGUGAAGUGGCAAAAUUGGGAUUGAAGCCAACCCAAUUGAGACGGAAAUUAACUUUAAACUUAAAGCAAACUCCUCUGAUUCUUACACUCCUAUAUAUAUAUAGAUGCUUAGUAUAUAUGUUCACUCUUUGCUUACGCUUUCGACGCACUUCCAUUUCAUUAGAUGCACCC